AUGUCUCAAUACAGCUAUUUCACAGACCCACUGGAUUCUGACAGUAUUCGCUUGCUCGGUUUAAUGCCAGAUGAAGACCUGACCUCUCCAAUACAUUGCCGACUUCAUGAUUAUUCUCUUCGAGAAUCGGACAGGGGGAUCCAUCUCUAUGAAGCUUUAUCCUAUGUAUGGGGUAGCCUGGAGAACCCUAAGGUUGUCUAUAUAGACAAUCGUUCUCUAUCUAUCACAGCAAAUCUUCAUAGAGCACUGCUACAUCUUCGAGAUCCCACCUUUGAAAGAAUCAUAUGGGUGGAUUCUAUUUGUAUCAAUCAAGAAGAUGACACAGAAAAGAGUCACCAGAUUCAAUUAAUGGCAAAGAUCUUUGGUCAAGCGAAUCGCGUAAUUGUUUACCUUGGUGAUGAAGCAGAUGAUAGCAAUCAAGCGCUCGAAAGUAUACGUAUAGCUGCAGAAGAUGACUCUCCGACUUUGAUAACCAAUGAAGUAAACCAGGCGGGAAUCUUUGAACUGCUUAAACGACCUUGGUUUCAACGUAUCUGGAUUCUUCAGGAGGUUGGCUUCGCUCAACAAAUCCUGAUAAUGUGUGGGUCUGCAACAAUAGACGGUUAUACUUUCAGCAUCGGCUUCAGCAAGCUUUUCUAUAACCAUCAAUCAGACUUGCCAAAUCUUAUUCGUCCAGUGAUUUACCUAAUAAGAGGAGCAAUAUUCCGACCAAAACAUGCAAUUCGGUCAUCAGGUGCACUUUCUCUAGGCGCAUUGGUAGAUAUGUAUCAUACCCGCAAGGCCACUAAACGUCACGACAAGGUGUAUGCCUUACUCAACAUGAGUUCCGAUAGUUAUGAUCUAGCCGGAUUGUUGCCUGACUAUAAAGUUACAUGGGUAACGCUCUUGGAGCGACUUGUUAAAUUUACAAUCUCCCAAGAUAUAUCUAUAAAGACUUGGGAGGGCAAGGAGAUAGCACUAAUUGAGAGCAAGGGCUAUGUACUUGGCCAUGUACACUCAAUAAAUAUUGACAGUACCAGGCACGAGAGACAGUGUGUUAAUAUCAAAUUUAACAAUCAGCCAAGUAUCAACAACGAAAAGUACCACACUCGUUGGAUUCUCCAGGCUUCGGCGAAAUCUAUCCAGCAAGGCGAUCUCGUUUGUCUUUUAAAAGGGGCUCCAAAACCAACCAUCAUUAGAGCAUACAAGGAUUAUUUUGUUAUCAUUGUAAUUGCGGUUGCUUUGCAAAACAAAAUGCAAAAAAAAGGCGGAUGUUUUGAGUCCACACAUCCCUUGCCUUCGAUGAAGAACUUCUCGCGUGAUUUUCUACUUAUCUGGGACUGGGAGCAAAGCCCAGAGAAUUUGCAAUGCCAAGCAGAAUAUGAGGGUACAAUUGAGAGCUAUUACUCGGUACCGGAGUAUCUAAAGACAGAUAAAAACAGAGUAGCCAAUUCAAUUAAUGUAGUACUAGCCUUGGCAGAUGCGAGAAACUACGAAAACGAAGAGGAUGUGCUUGAAAGACAGAUAAAGCACUACGAAGGAAUGCUUGGAGGAGAAGAUUUACAUGUAUUAGCAUUAAAAGAAAGUCUUGCAUGGAUUUAUUAUCAGAAAGAUGACAGGAUGAAAGCAAAGGAGUCCUUUUUGCAGCUAAUACAGGCAAGAAAUGUUUUGCAGGGUAAAUAUCAUCAAGAUACAUUGAGAAGUGUGGCAAAGCUAGGAUUGGUCUAUAUGGAAGGAAUCAACUGUGAUUUGAAUGAGAGAGAUGUGACAAGAAUUUCGAACCGGAUUGAAAGCAAUAUUCAAAUGAGUGAGGAGGAUAUGAUACAACUUGGAAGGUUAUCUAAUCAUGAAAUGAUGGAACUUCUGUUGGAACAGAAAAAGGACAAUGUUAAAGUUACAGAAGAGGUGGUAACAGCUGUAGCGAGGAAUUGGAUCGAUGGGUAUCAGAUUUUGAAGCUUUUAUUUGAGAAACGAGAUGAAGAAAUAACGAUUACUGAAAAGGUAUUGACAGCUGCAGUGGGGAAUUGGGAUCAUGGGUAUCGGAUCUUGGAGCUUUUGUUUGAGAAGCGAGAUGAAGAAAUAACGAUUACUGAGAAGGUAUUAACAGCUACAGCAGGAAAUCCGGAUAAUGGGUAUCAGAUCAUGAAGCUUUUAUUUGAGAAACGAGGUGAAGAGAUAAAAAUUACUGAAGCGAUGGUUAAAACAGCAACAAGGAUUUCAGCAGCAAGGAAAUCGGACAAUGGGUAUCAGAUUUUGAGGCUUUUAUUUGAGAAACGAAGUGAAGAGAUGUCAUUCAUUCAAGAGAUAUUAGAGAUUGCAGCGGAGAUCCGUUAUUAUGGAAAAGAGAUUAUAAUGCUUUUGCUUGAGAAACAAAGGGAGAAAGUAGUCAUUACUGAGGAAGUAGUGGGAGCUACAGGGAGAAGUUAUGGUAAUGGGAAGGAAAUUAUGAUGCUUCUACUUGAGGAGCGAGGAGAAGCAACGGUUCCUGAAAAGGCAGUGAUGCUGAUUGCUAGACAUUUCCAAGUGAAAUUCAUGGCACUUCUGCUUGAGAAACAAAGUGAAAAACUAAUUAUUACUGAAGAGAUUCUGAAGGCCGCAGUAGGAAAUUAUCAUUACGGACAGGAGAUUACAAUGCUUUUAUUGGAGAAGAGAGGGAAUGAAGUGAUAAUUACUGAAGAGGUAUUAGAAGUUGCAGAAAGGCGUUCUCAUUUGAAAGAUGAAGUGAUGGAGUUAUUAUUGAAGCACAGGCAACUAAUGUCAUGA